GCCUCGUUACUGUGCAUGUGCAGAGAACGUGCAAGCAUUCUCUGUGCUGUACAAAAGCGGCAGCAUAGAUACACGAGCAAAAGAUCUUGUGUGAAAGAAGUCAAGCCGUUUUUCAAGUCCUCUACAGGCUCUGCUACGUUUCCUUUUGGGAGCAGUUAUGCAAAACAGUUCCUGCGGAACUAUCACUGGUGGAUAUCUGAUGUAUACAACGUCCAAGUCUCAUAAGAACCUAAAGUUCAAGUCACAUUCCUAUACCUGCUAUUGUUGGCACAAAACACUAAAGAAUAACGAAAGAAAAUGACUGAUCCAGUCAUUAAUCUACUAGCUGGAGGGCUUGCCGGAGCUGUUGGUACCAUGGUUACCUGUCCGUUAGAAGUUAUCAAGACAAGGCUACAGUCGUCUGUUGGGCAGAACGUUCUACAGAAUGUGCAGUUGUAUCGUGUACUGAGCCUCCAGACAGCAUCUGCUGGUGGUGGAGUCGCCAUUGCUAGUACAACUCCUCUUGUCUAUUUCAGACAUAUGUUGCAAACAGAAGGACUGUCUGCAUUAUUCAAAGGUCUCUCUCCCAGUUUGAUUGGCAUCAUGCCCACAAGGGCAUUAUAUUUCACCUCCUAUGCACAAGCCAAGCAGAUGUUUAAUAAUAUAUUCUCGUACGAAAGUCCAGCCGUUCACCUCUGCUCUGCAGUCUCUGCAGGAGUGGUGACAUCAACGGUGACUAGUCCAAUAUGGGUAGUCAAAACUCAAAUGCAACUAGAGUGCAGCAGACUGACUGCUCAGAGAUGUGUAAAACAGAUAUUCAAGAUGGAUGGUAUAAGAGGCUUCUACCGAGGGCUGACUGCAUCGUACGCAGGUCUCUCAGAAACAGCAAUUCACUUUGUAAUUUACGAACAUAUUAAGAAGACGAUAAAGGCGCACAACCAGACACUAGAACUCAAGGACUGUAUGCUUGCAGCCGGAAUAUCAAAACUCACAGCAUCCUCAAUAUGUUACCCUCACGAGGUGUGUAGAACGAGACUAAGACAAAAAGUCGCAAGAGAACACAGAAAAUAUCAUUCCUUUUUCCAAACUCUCCUCAAGAUCUCGAGGGAGGAGGGCACUCGAGGUUUAUACGGAGGAAUGACCCCGCAUCUGUGUAGGGUUGUCCCAAAUACUGUCAUCGUGUUUCUGACGUACGAAGCUAUCAUUCGGAUGGUCCAAGAAUCGAAUAAUUGACUCGCAAACCUUGUGUAACUUUUUGUGUAUCAACUCUCGCAAUCUCAUCAAUUAAAUUUUGUAUGCACACGUACAUUUUUUUGUAUGGCAUAUAAUUUAACUAUCUCUUUUGGCAGGCAUUUUUGUAUUUGGUGCAAUAGGUCUGCUUGCACAGCUAUUGUGUAGGGAUCAUUAUCCUUUAUGAAAAAAUUUGACCCAUA